CCUUGUUCCACAGGGAGGAUAAUCGUCUUCCUCGCUGGAAAACUUGGCCCGUCCAUGAACUAAACCCGGCGUUUUUUUUUUGUUGUUAUCGCUGUCCUCGGUAUGGACUCUCAGAAAGAGGCCCUACAAAGGAUAAUCGCCACGUUAGCAAAUAAAAAUGAGGAGCUCCACAAUUUUAUUGAGACGCUGAGUCACUUGCUGGCUGGAGUUCAGGUCAACUCCAGCCAGGUAGUGUCUGACCUGGAAGAGGAGUUCGACACCUUGUUUUCCAUCCUGGAAGAAGCCAAGGAGAGCAUGACCAAUACCAUUAAACAGGAACAGGCCAGGAAGUCACAUGAACUACAGAAUCAGUUGACUCAGAGCACCAAUGCAUUGGAGAGUGCGGAGGAGUUGCUGGAGUUUGCAAACCACGCCCUGGAUAUCAAAGAUGAGGAAGAAUUUGCUAAGGCUGCCAAACAGAUCAAAGAUAGGGUAACGAUGGCUCCGGCCUUCCGCCUGACCAUGAAGCCCAAAGCCACGGACAACAUGACCCACCUGAUGGUGGAUUUCUCCCAGGAGCGCCAGCUGCUCCAGGGCCUCCGCUUUCUUCCUGUCCCCAGAGCUCCCGAAAUCGAGGUACAGGACUGCAUGGUGGUGGACAAUGCAGUGACCAUAGUAUGGAGGAUGCCGGUGGAGGAUAGUAAGAUUGACCACUACAUCCUUGAGUACAGAAAGACCAACCAUGAGGGUCUGCCCAGGGUUAAAGAUGAGCGCUGCUGGGAGCUGGUGGACAACAUCAAGAACACAGAGUACACACUCACAGGGUUAAAGUUUGAUUCCAGGUUUAUGAACUUUCGGGUACGGGCGUGUAACAAAGCAGCUGCUGGAGAGUAUUCCGAUCCUGUCACUUUGGAAACCAGAGCCUUCAAUUUCGGCUUUGACUCGUCGUCCUCCCACCUGAACCUGAAGGUGGAGGAGUGCAGUGUGGAGUGGGACCCACAGGGAGGUAAAGGCCUGGACAGCAAAGUCAAAGGAAAAGAGAACAAGGGCAGCGCGCACCUCACUAAUCUGAAGAACAUGACCAGAAGUGGAACUCCGUCUCCAAAAAGAGGCUCAAAUACCCGUUCGCCAGCUCCAAGGGGAGGGAGAGACCGCUUUACUGGAGAAUCCUACACAGUACUGGGUGAUACCAGUAUCGACUCUGGGCAGCACUACUGGGAGGUGAAGGCCCUGAAAGACUGCAAGUCCUACAGUGUUGGUGUGGCCUACAAGAACCUGGGCAAGUUUGACCAGCUGGGCAAGACCAACACCACAUGGUGCAUCCACGUCAACAACUGGCUCCAAAAUUCAUUCGCUGCCAAACACAACAACAAGGCCAAAAGCCUGGACAUGCCAGUUCCAGAGAGGAUAGGAGUCUACUGUGACUUGGAUGGAGGUCAGCUUUCUUUCUACAACGCAGAAAGCAAACAGCUGCUUCACACGUUCAAGACGAAGUUCACUCAGCCUGUUGUGCCGGCCUUUAUGGUGUGGUGUGGUGGGCUGAGUCUGUCGACAGGUUUACAGGUGCCCAGUGCGGUCAGAAGCUUCCAGAAAGCUGAAAACGGGCUGGCGGGAUCGAACAGCAGCCUGAACAGCAUGGCGCAGUAGCCCGAACUACCCAGCUCCAAAAAAAACAAAAAAUAAAUAAAGAACUGCUGUGCUCUGAAGCCACCCAGUGCUUGCUGAUUUAGGACCAGCUUCCUCCUGCACACAUCUUAACUCCUAUCAGCAGCAAAACAGUCGCCUCCACAAACAACCCAUAAACUUCAACUCCUACUUCCAGAAAUGCCCUUCCUGAGGAAUCUGUGAUCCAGUGAUGGAAUGCUGUGAGGCAUCAUGGGAAAUUGGGUCCUGGACUGGCAGGAACCAGAUAAAAACGUGCUCUACUCCGCCUUCGUCUACGCCUAUGAAAAUGAAACGUAUUGUCAUAUGUUGUCAAUAUAUUCCAAAAUACAAAUGGAAUACAUUGAUCAGGCAUAACGUUCUGACCACCUCCUUGUUUCUGUGCUCAUUGUCCAUU